AGUUUCAGCGUCGAUGAGUGACGUUGAGAUGAAAGAUGCUGAUGAGGAGGAGUUCCAUCUCAGUCGCGUGAUCGAUGCUCAUAAAACCGAUGUGAAAUGUCUCACAUCCACUUCAGCAGGAGUGAUAAUCUCCGGUGGUCGCGAUGAAGUUGUGAAAUUCUGGACGAAAAGAGGAGGAGAAUUCUCCGAAACGCUAGCUUUUCCUCAGCCAAAGGGCUUAGCUGUGAAUUCAAUAGGAUAUUAUGAGUCACCUGAUGGAUGGCGGGUGUUUGCUGGCAGAAAAGAUGGUUCAAUAGCUGUAUAUGGCUCCGGAUCUCCAGAACCCUUGACCGUAUUAACACAACAUUCGUCAAACGUGUGCUGUCUAUAUGUCGAUGAGAAGAAUCAUAUAUUACUGAGUGGGUCGUGGGAUAAUAACGUUAUUGUAUGGCCGAUAAGAGAAUUGGGAUCACCUGAAUUUCCGGCACUGCUACUAAAUGGGCAUAAGCUGUCAGUAUGGGCAUUAGCCGCCAUAGAAUCAUCUCCAGGACAUUACCUCUCAGGAAGCGCUGACAAAACCAUCAAACUGUGGCAAGACGACAACGAGAUUAGGACCUUCACGGGUCACACCGAUGUUGUACGAGCAUUGCUAGUCAUAUCUAAUGAUAAAUUUCUGUCCGCUGCAAACGACUCCACCAUCAGACUUUGGCACACUGAGACUGGUGUUUGCAUAGCGAAAUUCUCGUCAUUAGUGGAUGAAUUCAUCUUCAGCUUGGCUCUCGUCGAUUCACAUGUGAUCUCGUGCAGCGAAGGUGGAUAUGUAGAGGUUUGGAAACAAUCUACUGUCGACGACCAGCCAAGUCUUUCGCACACUCAGCUAAUUCAAUCCCCUGCGCUUACUCUGUGGGCUGUCAAAGGCUUACCAAACGGCGACAUUGCUUGCGCUGCUAGUGAUGGAAAAAUAUACACAUUCACGCAAGAGAAGAGUCGAGCAGCUCCAGAAGCUAUUGCGUCUGCCGUUGCUGAUGCUAUAGCAGCUAAGGUAGCGAAAGAAUUAGAAAGGAAGGAACGUCAAGCUAGCGAAACUGUUGUAAUCAAAGUGUCGUUGGACGAUAGCGCUCCAAAUAUGGAGCUUCGCUACAAGAAAGGGACUGAUCCAGCCAUAGCAGCAGAAAAGUUCAUACAGGAUUACAAUCUUCCUGCGUCUUAUUUGAAUGAAAUAGUGGACUACAUCAAGGCUCAUGUUCCAGAAGCUGCUGCAGCUGCUCUGAAACAGCAUAAAGUGCAACCAACACAGCGUGUUGUUGUGGAUGGAAAGGAGUACGAUUUCGCCUUCGAUGUAACUAUUGAUGAUGGAAGAAAACUACGACUUCCUUACAACUUGGACGAAGAUCCAGAUGUUGCUGCUCAGCGAUUUGUUGAAAAGCAUAAUCUGCCUAUUUCAUUUCUAGCAAAGGUAUCAGGAUUGCUUAGAUCUCAAACAGGUGUCAGCUCAAAUAGUCGUUCUACCACAUUUUAUGAUCCGUUUACUGGUGUUGGACGGUACGUUCCCGGCGAGAAGCCUGCUGUUUCUACAAAUGGCAAUCUAGAUCCUCUCACCGGCAGCGGACGGUAUAUCCCAGGAAACUCCUACGGAGAUUCCGCAGUGGACGUAGGCGGAGACCCUCUCACUAGCUCAGGAGGCUACAAGCCAGGGUCAGCUUCCGGUGACGUUAUCCCAAGUGCUUGUCUGCCGUUAGAUAAGAAGAGACCUCGGGGUGAACUUGUACCUAUGUCUGUUUAUUAUCGCUUUGGCGUGGAGCAGCUGAGCACUAAGGCCUUCGCGAAGCUUGUAGAGGUGAACAACACGCAAACAGCUUUGAAACUGAGUGAGCAACAGCUGGAAGCAAUCCACAGUCUAAUGUCGGGUCCCAGUGGAAGCAUCAAUCACGAUCUUUUGACUACCGCACUUGAAACGGGAUUACAAUGGAGCAUGGGAGAUCUAGUCCCGAUUCUCGACGUAUUUCGAGUGGCGCUUUUGGAUGAAAAGCUGAAUUCUUACUUUUGCGACAUGAAGGGACGAGGAAACAAUACGCAGCAGCGGUUAUCUGCUCUCCUUUUGAGUGAGCCCCCAGAUGCUGUUUCUAUACUUGUUUGUCGAUCAAUGGCAAAUGCAUUUGUCCAUGACUGCGGACGCGAGAUGCUUUCACAAGACUUCCAGACAUUGUUCACAGUAGUGGCAAAUCAGUUGACUAGUAGUAAAGCAGCACUUCAAUUGGCAGCAGCGUCGGCACUUGCUAACUGGAGCCUAUAUCUUUUAAAUAAGUCUGAUAAGGUUGCUGAGUUGGGCCCACGCGAGGAUGCUAUCCGCGCUAUAAUCAAGCUGUGUGACGAACGAUUACAAGCAUUUGGAUCUGUCAGCGAAGGUGCUAUGAUACGUUUGCUUCAAGCUAUUGUGACCCUAAUGUGGGGCGAUACAACUGUCAUCAAUCUUGCGAAAUCUCGCAAUAUGUUGGCUAUAGUCAAUAAGAUCAAGGAUGCUGUUGUUGAUGAACGGGGGAAGAAUAUUGCAAGAGAUAUCGCAGAGAUGAUAUACGCUGUUUGAUCAUGUCGUCAUCUAACUUUUUUUUUUACUUAUGCUGUAAUCUAUUCUCAUCACGGGCUUUCUUUGAGCCUUUUAGCUAGGCGCUAUGUGUUUGGUUCUCCGCUCAUAAUCAUCAUAUGUUAUUUGAAGUACCUGUGUGAUCAUUGUGUGCAUGGUUGUUGAGACAUUGUAUAAAUUAUAUCUCUACG